AUGUCGACAUAUGAAGAGGAGCACAACACCAAUCGUGCCGGUGCAGGUCAAGAUGCGAGACGAGACUUGAGGAGCCAGAUUCAUGAUAUGUACCAGGAAAAUGGCACUUCUAAUCUGUUAUUACAGCUGCUGUCACAAAUUAUUCCAGAAUCUUUACAAGAAGAGUUGCUGCAGGAUCAAAAAGAAGGCUGCCCGGAACAUUUUGUGGACUCUUUACCUCGUGUCAAUCAAAGCAAGCUUAGUGACGAAGAGUCUUGUAGUAUUUGUUGUUGUAAUUACAAAGAAGACAAAUAUCCUCUGGUGGUAGAGCUGCCACAUUGCAGCCAUCGUUUUGACCUUGAAUGCGUCGCCGUGUGGUUAUCAAAGAGCACUAGCUGUCCUUUGUGUAGAGAUGAUGUUUUGUCGCACAAGCCGAAAAUAGAUGUCAGCACGGUGGAAGUGGAAGAUGAUUGGGGGAUGUACGGCUAG